UAUAGUUUCAACAGAGUAAAUGGUAGAAGAGCUGUGUAGAUGUGUUUUAGAUUAUUUUCUUUUUAAUAUAACAAAACUAACUAUGAAAUUGAAGAAAUUGUCCUGAAGAUACAGGGGUUUGUUUGUAGAGCUACUAGAUUAAGUUAUGUCAUGAGAGAAAGUAACAAGCCUUGAAAAAUGGAUGUAUGUAAUUUUGUACAAUUGUGCAUUUGUGUAGGGGGUACUGUCUUCAUGUGGUUUUGUUUUUGCUAUACAAUGUGUAAAGUGCUGUGUAGAGGACUUGUGUAAUUACUUUUCUGUAUCUAUUACUGGUCUUGAGAUGUUUGCUGACUUGACAGCUGUUUUCUAUUUGCAGAAGUAAAAUAAAAAGUAGCAAAAACUCUCAGGACAGAGAAAAGUAAGGCCUUUGGGAGUGGCUGGGGAUGUUUAUUGUCUUUAUUUUGAGAUGGGGCCUUGCUCUGUUAUUGCCCAUAUUAGUAAUGAAUUUCUAAGGUUCAUUAGCCACCUGCCUCAGUUUACCAUGUUGCUGGCACUGCAGAAAUGGGCCACUGCUUCUGGGUGACAUGCUGGAAGUUGAGGCAUUUAGUACUCAGAAAAACUUAUCUCUGGCCCAAGUCCUUAGGAUGAAGAAAGCAUAGCACAGUCAAGACUAGUCUCAGGAGCUGAGAAGUACCUUAGCUGUCCGUCUGUGUACAAGCACCGGUUGUUGACAGCUUCUUUGACCUGUCAGUUGGUGAGGUUCCAGAGCCUUCCCAUUUAUAAGCAUGGUGACUUUCUUAUGUUUCUGGGCUAUGAACUCCCUUGGAGCCAGUGUCUUCAGAUCUGUAGAGAAGAGUGGAAUUGGCCCACUGAAGUAUAUCCAACGUCCCUACUUUUUAGCGGACCUGUUAAAUUCAAGAGGGGAACUGCUGGCUUUGAACUUAGUAAGAAACCUGUUUCUUAUUGACUUGGGUGUUGGGGUAGUGUUGAAGUAAAUAAAGGACAUUUUGACUGUUCUUUCUCUGAGGGCACCUAAAGUGUUACUGCUGGUUGUUAAAAUUUGUCUAUUUGUAUUUAUUUCUAUUUGUUGAUAACUGAUUUACAAGGAACUUGACUCGGAUACCUGAAAAGCCCGAGUUUACUGGCAGUGUUUUAAAAAUAAUACUUUUCAGUAUCGUUUUGACCAUAUGUAGCACAGGUUCAAUAUCUAAAACGUGCUUUAAAAUAAGUUAGUUUUCUCAUCAGCUUCGGGGAUUACUCUUGUCAGUUUUCUUCACUGCUGAGAUUGACAUUGCUCAUGAGUUUGUAUGGAGUGAGUAUCAAUUGUCGCUCUCAAAUUAAAGGAAGGACAGGGAAGAGCUUUUUGAGUAGACUUUGCCUUGUGAGAAUAUUGGUAUUGACACUGUUUAUAAUCUGGAGUACAGUUGGAAGAUCAGAUUCUGCUGUUUGUCCCAUACUGGUUAAUAUGGCUGUACAGAGGAGAUGAAUGUGGCUCCUUUUCCAAGUCUAUUACUCAGGAGGACUGUAAAUUUGAUUGGCUGUUACAAUUCUAGCAGAAUCAUUCGAUUUGAGAGCAAUAGAAAGAUAAGAUAUCCAAUUACUCAAAUGAUUUGCAGGGUUAGCCAACGUUGUCAUGGAGACAUGAGUUGGAACAAAUUAAAUUUUAAGCAAUAAAAUAAUCUUAAAGCCCGUCUGGGAACAAGAAAAUUUGGCAGUAGCACUUACCUGAAUUGAAUCUUAGCCUGACACGAUGUUGUUUGACAUUGAUAAACUGUGGGGGCCUAAAUUUAUAUAUGAUACAUUGUCUUUAAAAAGUAGCCCAGUUUAAACCAGUGAAGGAAAAUAUUGAUAUAAAAAUCAAGCACCAUGAACAUUUAUUCUAUGGAUUAAAUGAUAAAUUGGCCCUAGAUUCCUAAGAUGUUUUAUAUUUAAGGAUUUAAAUGCCUUAAAGAUGAAGUGGCUUAAAUUGGACAUUUUAAGAAAAGAUUGAUUUAGCAGCCAUGUGAGUUUUCAGAGCUGCUCUUCUCUGCUCUGCUCUGUGUGUUUGCAGAUGCAGUAGAAAACCUGUGGCUGCUUCUCAGUGUGGGUGGAGAUGUGAGCAUGCUUAUGUCUGCAUGCACAAUGGAGGAGAUUUUGGCAUAGACUCCUGCACUGAAGACUGAAAUCGCCAAGAGAUUGAAUACCAUUUGUGCACAAGUCAUCCCAUUUCUGUCUCAGGAACAUCAACAACAGGUGGCCCAGGCUGUCGAACGUGCCAAACAGGUGACCAUGGCAGAGUUGAAUGCCAUCAUCGGGGUACGUGGCCUACCAGGUCUACCUCCUACACAGCAGCAGUUGCAAGCUCAGCAUCUUUCUCAUGGCCAUGGACCCCCCGUACCUCUCACGCCUCACCCUUCAGGACUUCAGCCUCCUGGCAUCCCGCCCCUUGGGGGCAGUGCCAGCCUUCUCGCGCUGUCAAGUGCUCUGAGUGGGCAGUCUCACUUGGCAAUAAAAGAUGACAAGAAGCACCAUGAUGCAGAGCGCCACAGAGACAGAGAGCCGGGCACGAGUAAUUCCCUCUUGGUCUCAGACAGCUUAAGAGGCACAGAUAAACGCAGAAAUGGUCCAGAGUUUUCCAGUGACAUCAAAAAAAGGAAGGUGGAUGAUAAGGAUAACUAUGACAGUGAUGGUGACAAGAGUGAUGACAACUUAGUUGUGGAUGUAUCUAAUGAGGACCCUUCUUCUCCACAUGCAAGUCCCACACACUCACCCCCGGAAAAUGGAAUUGACAAGAACCGCCUGCUGAAAAAAGAUGCUUCAGGCAGCCCGGCAUCCACAGCCUCCUCUGGAAGCUCCUCUUCCCUAAAAUCCAAAGAAGUGAGCCUGCAUGAAAAAGCCAACACGCCUAUUCUGAAAUCCAGCACACCAACGCCUCGGAGUGACAUGCCAACCCCGGGCACCAGUGCUACUCCAGGCCUCCGUCCAGGUCUCAGCAAGCCUCCAGCCAUGGAGCCCCUUGUCAACCAAGCAGGAUAUGGUUUUCAUUUGGAAUUGGUACCAGGGAGUGGAAAGUUCGGACUGAAGGAGAAAUCUUGGAUUUUAUCCAGAAAAUCUUCUUUUGAGAUUAAGUCAGCAGCUGGCCUGAGGACGCCCCUGGCAGUGCCUGGUCCAUACCCUGCCCCCUUUGGCAUGGUACCCCAUGCAGGCAUGAAUGGAGAGCUCACCAGCCCCGGCGCUGCCUAUGCAGGUCUACACAGCAUGUCUCCACAGAUGAGUGCUGCAGCUGCUGCAGCUGCUGCAGCUGUGGUGGCCUAUGGGCGCUCCCCAAUGGUUGGUUUUGAUCCUCCUCCCCACAUGAGAGUACCUUCCAUUCCCCCCAACCUGGCAGGAAUACCUGGCGGGAAACCAGCAUAUUCCUUCCAUGUUACUGCUGAUGGCCAGAUGCAGCCUGUCCCCUUUCCCCCUGAUGCCCUCAUUGGACCUGGGAUCCCCCGACAUGCUCGGCAGAUCAACACCCUCAACCAUGGGGAGGUGGUGUGUGCAGUGACCAUCAGCAACCCCACAAGGCACGUGUAUACAGGUGGCAAGGGCUGCGUUAAGGUCUGGGACAUCAGCCACCCUGGCAACAAGAGCCCCGUCUCUCAGCUGGAUUGUCUGAAUAGAGAUAACUACAUCCGUUCCUGUAAAUUGCUACCUGAUGGUUGUACUCUCAUAGUGGGAGGGGAAGCCAGUACUCUAUCCAUCUGGGACCUUGCAGCUCCAACCCCCCGCAUAAAGGCAGAGCUGACAUCCUCAGCCCCUGCCUGCUACGCUCUGGCCAUCAGCCCUGACUCCAAGGUCUGCUUCUCAUGCUGCAGUGAUGGCAACAUCGCAGUGUGGGACUUGCACAACCAGACCCUGGUGAGGCAAUUCCAGGGCCACACAGACGGAGCCAGCUGUAUUGACAUUUCUAAUGAUGGCACCAAGCUCUGGACAGGCGGUUUAGACAACACUGUGAGGUCCUGGGACCUGAGAGAAGGGCGGCAGCUGCAACAGCAUGACUUCACUUCACAGAUUUUCUCCUUGGGAUACUGUCCAACUGGGGAGUGGCUUGCUGUGGGCAUGGAAAGCAGCAAUGUGGAAGUUCUGCACGUGAACAAGCCUGACAAGUACCAGCUACACCUCCAUGAGAGCUGCGUGCUGUCCCUAAAAUUUGCUUAUUGUGGCAAGUGGUUUGUGAGUACUGGAAAAGACAACCUCCUCAAUGCCUGGCGGACACCGUAUGGAGCCAGCAUAUUCCAGUCCAAAGAAUCUUCAUCAGUGCUUAGCUGUGACAUCUCUGUGGAUGAUAAAUACAUAGUCACCGGCUCAGGGGACAAAAAGGCUACCGUUUAUGAGGUCAUCUACUGAAAACACUAUGGCUUCAUAUUUACAGUUGAAUUGGGCCAAAUGUUUGGAAUUUGUAGAAAUAGAAAAGUUAUAAUUUAAAACACAAAACAACAACAAAAACCAACUGAAGAAACCUAUUUCUAAACCUUGACACAGAACUGCUUUGAAUCUACAAAGAGAAGACAAGUUUAUCAAUAGACAGUCACCUGUCUACAUUUGGGUACCACACAGAGGCCACAGGUGUGGGAUAGAGGAGCAAGCUGCUGAUGUCGGUCAUGACUUGCCCAACUGUGAGCUUACCUUUCUGUUCCUUGGAGUUCGCUUCACGUUGAGUCCUUUGUAGAGCAGUGGUGUCUUCAAUGAACUUGUCUUGGUUUUGCAUCUCGUGAUUUUUUUUUCUUUUUUUAUUUUUGUUGAUUCAACAUUUGUAUAAAUUGUAAAUAUAUUUGGUUUAUUAAAGUAAAGCCUUUAGUAUCAGUAA